AUGCGUUUUCAUGAAUUACACGGAAAGAAUAUUGAAUUUGAUGGACAACGUCUUAGUGCGACUCGAUUUAAUUCAUUUACACAUGCAAUGAUUUUUUCUGAACGACCAUUAUAUCCGGGAGAAUUAUUUCUUGUUGAAAUAGAAGAUAUUACAGAUAGUUGGACAGGAAAUAUUAAAAUUGGAUUAACAUGUCUUUCACCGAAUGAAAUUCUUAGUCAAUGUACACAAGAAAUUCUUUAUGAUGAUAUUUUUCAUAUAACAAUUCCAAGUCGACCGAUCACUCAAUAUACUUGUACAUGUGGUUUAUAUCGACCAUUAUACAAUUUUGGUAGUCCAGAUGAUUAUAUUCAUACACCAUUUGAUUCUAUUCGUCGACAAUCUAUCGAACCUGUACAAAAAUCAAAUAAUAAUAGUAUUAGUACUUGUCCAACUAAUGUAGGCAGUCGAAUUGGUAUUAUUUACGCAUUGAAACAACAAUCAAUUCAUAUGCAUUGUAUCUUGAAUGGAUUUGAUUAUGGACCUUUCACCGUUCUUAAUAUAGGCUCGUCAACAACUGAAAAUAAUGAAAUAAUAUUACCGUCAAAAAAACAUCAAGCAACUUAUAUGAAAUCUAAGAAAUCAAUUAAUAAAUAUACGAAAUUUUGGGCAUUUGUUGAUGUUUAUGGUGCAACAAAAAAAGUUCGAAUUAUACAACUUUAUGGACCAAGUCCAUUAAAACAUCUAUGUCGCUUAAAAAUUCUUUCCAAUCUCAAGUCAAAUGAUCUAAUUGAUACAAUUUUUCUUAAUAGUCGAUUACAAUCCUAUUUAAAAUUUUAUAUAGCUUAG